UCGACAAAAACGGUAUAGUUGCCAGCCAGGGCCGGGAGUGCCGCACUAAAAUAAAAAAAAGAACAUCUUCAAUCGUCGUACAAAACAAAAAAUAAAUUGAUUUUUCGCCGAAUGUGUGAAUAUGAAUUUGGAAAGAAUAUUUCAAAAUAAGAUAUUUCAUUGAAAACUCAAUAAUUUAGAAACAAUGUCGGAACUACCAGCUACGUCGCAGGCUUCUGAGCAGGAGGAGGACUCUCAAGAAAUGAUGAACGUGUUUGACUGCGUCUGGGUGAAAGUUGAGGAGCUGGAUGUAAAUGAGAAGGACAGUGUUCCUUUCCUGCCUACUGCUGAUGAAAACCCAAUGGAGAAACCGUUGUCGAAAUAUAAGAAACGCAAGGUACAUAAAUGUGACCAAUGCGACUACACAACUGCACACAAGCCGCUGCUAAAGAUACAUAUCUAUAGCCACAGUGACACCGAUUUUUCCUGUCAACAUUGCAAUUACAAGAGCAAGUGGCCUAUGUCUAUUAAGCGACACAUUUCAAUAGUACACGAAGGCAGGACCCUUAGAAAACCUAAGCCCGGAAAUUUCUCAUGCGAUUUAUGCAGUUAUACUACAAAUUAUAAGUGGAAUUUGAGCUCUCAUAAAAGGAAACAUAAGUUGGAAAAACAGUACAAGUGCCGUCACUGCCAUUACGAAUCUGCGUAUAGGCAUAAUUAUUUAAAACACUGCAAGACACACGAUGAUAAGGCAGCGUUUGAAUCCGAAGUGUUUAGUUGUGAUAAAUGCCCUUUCCAGACGAAAUAUAAAGGGCAUAUUCAAAGACAUUUGGCCAAAAUCCACAACGAAGUCUUAGAGGGAGCUAGAUACACAUGCCAACUAUGUGGUUUUAAAACAGACGACAACUGGAGGCUGAAAAUGCAUCAAGAACGAAGUCAAACCCGAAAAGUGAUAAAGUGCGCCUUAUGUGAAUUCAAAUCCUUUUACAAGUGUGAAUCUAAAAGGCACGAUAUGUUACAUUUUCAAAAUAUCGCGUGCGAUGAAUCGGUCAAUGUGUAUCAACAAAGUUCAUCGGCGAAUGUGGCGGGGAAAUCUGUUGAGAAUUCUGUUGGAGCGGUCGAAGAAUCUGCAAAUGAAAAUUCCGUUGGAAACGUCGAGAAAUCUGCUGAUACGGGUAAUGUGAGUGACGCUUAUUUUAGAUGUCAACAUUGUAUAUUUGAAACCUUGUAUGAAGGGAUCAUGGAACGACAUUUGGCGCGGAUGCAUAAAGAAAUAGUUACACAUGAGUACUCGUGUCCUAAAUGCAUAUUUUCGACCAAAGAAAAGUUCCGUUUAACGGCGCAUCUACAGAACAGUAAAAGCGAUCAACUCCUGCAUUGCAAUUUAUGUAAUUUUGAGACGUUUUUCAAAUGUGAAAACAGAAAACAUAAACAGUCACACUUCAACGAGGUUUACGGCAACGGACGGAGCAUUGACUGCAGUGGUCUCAACGAACAAGUCGAUACAAUGAUAAAAGAGAGUCAGAAUCCCGAAAACUCAACACACUUAACAGAAGUUGGCGAGAAAUCCGUUGAAUCAGUCGGCUCUGUUGAUAAUUUCAAUACGGAUGUCAUGGAUGCGUCUAAAAGGUUUCCAGAAUACCAGGUCGAUCCUGAAUGUGUAGAAUGGAACACAAUUCAAGUGCUCGAAACUCCAGGGAAGGAGAAACCGUUUCAGUGUAACUUUUGCCUGUACUCUUCAAAAUUCAAAGCGUCAGUGCAGAGGCACUUUCAGAGGCUCCACGCGGGGAACCAAAACAGACCUUAUAAAUGCUGCAAUUGCGACUUCAAGACUAAAACUAAAGAGCAAAUAGCGUUACAUAACAAAAGAAGCCAAUCACUAGUGCAGAUAAAUUGCAAAGCGUGUGAUUUCAAUACCUACUUCAAGUGCGCUUUUAAUUACCAUCAAAAACAGCACCACACCUUCAAAUGCACUAUCUGCAGUUACUCAUGCAAACAGAAGUACGAUUUGACGAAACAUUUUGCCAAUUACCACAUGGGGAACGGCUUAAAGUGCCAGUUUUGUGACUUCACAGCGGUUAGAAAGGAGAGCAUUUUAAACCACGAAGCGAUGCACACAGGCGUGAAGCCUUUUAAGUGUAAGUUAUGCAGUUAUUCGUCAGUGAGGAAAACGUUGUUGAUGAAUCAUUACAGACGGCAACAUCGUGAUAAAAUUAAGAGUAUAAAUGGAGAAGUAAAUGAAACUCACAGUGAAUCGGUCAACACAUCUGUAGAGGACGAAAAUUCUGCAGGAAGUGAUGUAGAACUUGUGCAAUAUGAUGAUGCUUGAGUUUUGUACUUGAAUCAUAGAUUUACUACCGUAGAUUGAACAUCAUCAUCAUCAUCAUCAGCCGUACGACGCCCACUGCUGGGCAUAGGCCUCCCCCAAGGAUCUCCACGACGAUCGGUCCCGUGCUGCCCGCAUCCAACGGCUUCCCGCGACCUUCACCAGAUCGUCGGUCCACCUUGUAGCGGGCCUACCCACUGAGCGUCGUCCGACACGUGGUCGCCAUUCCAGAACCCUUCCGCCCCAGCGGCCAUCGGUUCUCCUCGCUAUGUGUCCUGCCCACUGCCACUUCAGCUUUGCAAUUCUCCGAGCUAGAUUAAAGAUUAGAGCGUAGAUUGAACAUCAGCGCUCAAAAAGUGGGGCGCAGUUACUGUUAAUAUAGCGACGUUGACAGUACUUUACCUCAGUAAGCGAUUAGGCGCCGAACUGGCAACACGGGGAAGGGACACGGAGUCAAUGGUGCUAAUUUCUGUAAACACCAUCUAAUUUUAUUUUAAGUUAUAUCUGUCACUUUCUUAUCCGCCGAAAACGAAAGGGACGGGUAAUCGACAAGCAUAAAAUUUAUGGAACACACGUCAAUUUUAAGCACAAAUCUAAAACAACCCUAUAAAAAUUUUGCAUUGGCUAAUAACCCGACAGAAUUAAGUUGACAACACACGUCGAAUGGUUUGCAUACCAGCGAUAUACCUUUUUGAUUCGCCAAGGUUAUUCAUUCAUUUACUCAAUCUUCGUAAAAUUAAGAGCUGUCAAUCAUUCGUCUCUUUCCUUUUCGGUGGGUAAGAAAAUGACAGGUAUAACUUAAAGUAAAAUUAGGAGGUGUUUGCAGGAAUCGGGGCCAAUGUCUAUCCCCGUAGAUGAGAAGUGUUUCGGUCGGUUUAGCCUUCUUUUAUUAUUUGAUUAAAUUGUGUUGCCAUAAUAAUUACUUGCAUGUUAUAUAGUAGUAGGUUUUGAUCUACUUGAGUAGAAUAUAAAUAAAUGAUAUAUUUGCCUA